AUGCAGUGUUCACUAAAGACGACUCUUCUUGCAAUACUCCUCGCCGUCCAGGGCCGAGUUUGCACCACCUACCAGAUUCCUUUGACAGGUCCAAGAAAUGACAUACCGCCCAUUGAUCGUGUGUCGGUUGCCGACUGGAAAGCUCUGAACAGGUCUGUCGGCGGCCGACUGUUUGCAAAUUUGCCGGUCGGCUUGCCGUGCCAUGACAACUUUAAUGGCGGACCGAGGCAACCGGAUAUUGCUGCGUGCAUGGAGGCAAUACUCAACCGCAGUAACAUGACCUUUCUCAGCACAACCCCCGCUGGAUAUGCCCAGGGAAAUUGGGACAUUUGCCAGAGCACCAGAGUAGGAUGCUCAUUGUCACUGAGAUCUUCAUUGAGUGAUUCUAGUGAAGCUUGUACGCAGGCAAAUUUACCAAGCUACUACGUCGACGUCCGUCAAGUCGGGGACAUACGAACCGUUUUCAAUUUUGCCAACAAGCACGCCGUGCCAAUUGUCGUCAAGAACAGCGGCCACGACUAUCAGGGCCGUAGCGCUGGCCCCGGAUCAAUCAGCCUUUGGGUGCACAACUACAAGCCGGCGAUUUCCCUAGACCUGUCAUUCGUGCCUGAGGGCUGUGAUGGAUCAACUGGCGAUGUAGUCACGUUUGGCACAGGCCACAGCUUUGACGAAAUAUACACCUUUGCCCACCAACACAAUGUAACCAUUGUAGGCGCAUCGUCAGGAACAGUGGCACCAGCGGGAGGGUGGAUCGCUGGUGGCGGGUACAGCAAUCUGUCGCCCGCCUAUGGGCUCGGCGUCGAUAACGUCCGGCAAAUUCGUGUCGUACUUCCAAACGGCACUUACACGGUCGCCAACAGCUGCACAAACAGAGACUUAUUCUUUGCUCUCCGUGGAGGCGGGGGUGGCACCUUUGGCGUAGUGACGGAGAUGUCAAUGCGUGCUUUACCACGCAUUGCCGCGCUCCAGUGGGCCUAUGUCGCUUUCCGUGAUCUGAGUGUCGCUGGCCAGCGCCGCCUGCUUGAUGUGCUGGCCCGGAACGCCGAGGUCUGGUUCGACGCCGGCUGGGGCGGCCGCGCAUCACCAGCCGGCCCUCGUCCUGAUGGUAUCUACUCGGUCCAACUAUUGAACCCUCGCAUCUCGAGCCGCGAUGCCGAGGUAUCUCUCCGGCCCCUGCUUGACCUUGCAAACCACAUGGGCGGCAGAGUAUCCCUGGAGACGUACCCUUCCUUCUACGACUUGUACGCAAGACAUGUUCGCGGUUGGGACAGUCCCAGCGGCAGCGUUGGAUUUGCAAGGGCAUCUCGACUGAUCCCGCGAAGUAGCUUUACCAGGGAAGCCAACCGCUCGGCGCUCCUCGAUACUAUCCUCGAUACGGCGACCCAGGCGCAGCUCGGGGUAACGAUACAUUUGGUGGCGCCGUCGCGAGGUGUCCAGGACAUUGGGGACAGCGCGGUGACAACGGCGUGGCGCCGCUCGCUCUGGCAUCUCGUGUAUACGGCGGCGUGGGAUGCGACGUCGGCAACGGCCGAUGAAGUUCAGGAUGAGUUUUGGGGUGUCAGCAGAGCCAUGGAUCCGGUGAGGCGAUUGACCCCCCAGGGUGGUGCGUACUUCAACGAGGCCGACCUGUUCGAACCUGAACCCGCCAGGGCUUUUUGGGCCAAAGACAACUAUGCCCAGCUGCUGCAGAUUAAGGACUCGCUUGACCCGAAUCGUAUCUUGCAGGUGCAUUCGGGCGUGGGCUCAGAUCAUGGUGGAGAGCUUUUCAAGUGUUAUCCUUCUGCUUCUCGGCGAGAAGGGAGUGAAGUAGAGCUUUAA